AUGACAAGUCAAUCAAAUUUAAGCUUAAUUGCAGUAGGUGUUAUUUCGUUUAUAACAGGAUAUUAUGUUCACCAAAUGUUAAGACCCACAACUCCCAAGAGAUUUCGAUUAAAACCAACUUCAUCACAUACUUCCAACUCAUCAUCAGCGACCACCCCCAAUAGUUAUAACAGUGAAGACGAAAGCGAAAACGACGACGACGACGACGACGAAGAAGAAGAAGAAGAAGAGGAAGAUGACGGAUUAGAUAUCAAUUCACUUGCAUUGAAUGAAAUCCCUGGAGAAGUAAGAAUGACACUUGUUGUAAGACAAGAUUUAAAAAUGGGUAAAGGUAAAGCAGCUGCUCAAUGUUCUCAUGCUACAUUAGCAUUAUAUAAAAAAAUUACUAAUCCUCAAUUAGAUUCUUAUAAUCCAGAACUAGUGAAUAGAUGGGAAAUAAGGAAUGGUCAAGCCAAAAUAACUUUACAGGUACCAAACCAAGAAGAGAUGGAUUUACUAUAUGCAAAAGCCAUUAGUUUAGGUAUCAAUUCUUAUAUUGUUCAUGAUGCAGGUAGAACCCAAAUUGCUGCUGGAAGUGCCACUGUAUUAGGAUUAGGUCCUGCUCCUAAACGUAUAUUAGAUGAGGUUACUGGUGAUUUAAAAUUAUAUUGA